GCCCACAGCGACAAAGCAGCACAAGAGGGGAGGGCGGGGAUAUGGCAGCGAGCGACAAGCAGAGUUACAGGACCAACUCACUCAUCUCCAGGCUCAUGGCCUUGGGGUGCCCAUUUUUGCGGAGCAUGGAGGAGAGUGUGGUGGUUAGGGUUGUGCUGACACAGGGCGAGGCCAGGGCCCGCGUUCUGUCCUGGCUAUUCGAUAGGUUUCUUACAGACUUACCCCUAAAUCAUCAAAGCACGUGUGUCUCCAAGGAUACAGCAAUUCUGACGAGCAAUUUUGCAAGCAUUGGACUGUGUAAAAAGGAAAAUGUUGCCCUGAUCGAGGGAAGGACAUCCCUGUUACAACAGCUGUUAUUCCUGGAGUCUCUUCUCGACCUGGUGGAAGCAGCAUCCUCCAAGGAGAGUGUGCCCCAGCUAGAGGGUAGCUGCAGGUUUGCAGACACCCUCUGUGCCUCUGAAAGACUGGACAGUAGUGUAUUUGCUCAAUCUCUCAACCUCCUCCCCGCAGACAUAGGGCAUCACCUUGAUUCAAGAGUGGUGAGUGGGGAGGAACUCAAGAGUGAAGCAGAGAGCCUAUGUUCUCAACUAGAGGACAGACAGUCGGAGCUACAUUCCAUUUUGCAGCAGCAUCGGUACGAGGAGGUGAACACUGCGGUGAUGCACAGCUGUGUAAAGACACUCACAGUUAGUUUGGGCACACUGGCACAGAUGGUGACCAACUUCUGUCAGAGCUAUGAGGUAGAGCUCCAGCCUUGGGUCGGACACCGACAGCCACCCACAUUGGGACCACUCGGACCCCUUUGUAAAAGGACAGCCACCCUUUGGAACCACAUUUCUAAGAUUCUGAAUAGCCUGCAACAGUUGGAAACCACAUUACAGGGACUUCAGAGUAUGCCUGCCAUGGACAUGUAUCCAGCAUGUCACAAAGCCCAGGAGACCCUUCAGCAGUGCAUUGACAUGGUGGUGCCUGUGAUCUCUACUAUAUAGUAAAGUGAACAUAGGCCCUGUACACAUGCAAGCAAAGAACUAGCCAGCAGUUCUUCAGAAUUUACAUAAGCAAAGAACCAGCUAUCAGUUAUUCAGAAUUUGUAGACCACCUGAUUCAAAACCUCUUUCUCUAUCAUAUGUACCAGUCUAUCCUGUUUCUUGUAUUAUCAAUGUCAAGAGUCUGACAAUAACAAUGAAAAGCAUUGAAGUGCAAACCCUCGUGAAGAACCAGCGCUACUACAAAUUUUAGCAUGUAGCAGAUAGCACUCAUUUCACACCUGGAAUUGUAUAGCUGUUGUAAAAGAACUUGCCAGCAAGAAUGGAACUAGCAGCGUCAGUAUAUUGUGCCUAUUGAGGAUGGCUUAGACCGCUGGGCCUACUAAUGCGCAACAUUGCGAUCAUGCCCUCGUGUGAGUAUCUGUGCAAGCUCAUGCACAGAAUCUCAGCUAUGAUGAAAAUUUAUGCAUGUCAGUCAUAGCGGACCAGGCUGCAGUAAACAAAACACGCUCUAACAUUUCAGGU